AUGGAAGGCACACGCCAGCACACCGGAAGAACACAAGCCUCACGUGGCCCACAUCUCAAGCCGGAGCACAGAGCCAAGGAAGCCUGCCAAUGUCAGCCGAAUGGACCCAUGGACCGAACAGGAAGACCGACCAAGGAAGAAGACAUGGAACGGCUUGGAAUGGAAGAAGACCAUCGAGAUCAUCGAAUCGACCAAACAGGCCAGGGCCUCGUGAGAACAAACGGCCAAUGGCCCGCGGAUGCGCCUCGAGUAGAACGUUUUGGUUUCACAUCUGGGGCCGGAAACGCGACGGUCAGGGAACACGACAACGUGACACUGCAGUGUGACGUCACAAGUAACCCGGGUUCAUCCAUUGAGAUCAACAACACGACGUCCAGUAUAGGAAGUAGCAGGACCAGCAACCCUGACCGUCAGACUCUCACCACGAUGCUGCUACAUGUGUCCUGCCUGGAAGGGGGAAAUUACAUCUGCGCUGCUAGGAACUUGAUCGGAGAAGCUUCACAGACUGUCCCGUUACAAGUCAGGUGUGUUCCAAGACGAUAUUCAUUUUCAUCUGAAACACUGGUGUUCACGUCGGGUCUGCACGAAAAUGUCACUCUUAGUUUGACAGUCAUAGCCUUCCCGCAGCCAACCUUCACAUGGCGGAGAAGGUCAAAUACAAGACCAAUCAGUACUACUGCGGUCACCACUGAGGGUGUCCUUGUAACAGGAAGUGUGACCAUAUUUGAUGUCAAAGAAGAGGACUAUAUUAAUUACACUGUCAGCGUGACCAAUACAGAAGGCUACCUGGAUCUGGAGAUACCUCUGGUUUCUAAAUCCCGGCCGCACCUACCAAGCAAUCUGAAGGCAGUAAACAUCAGUCCCCGUUCAGUCACCCUGACAUGGGAGAAAGGUUUCAACGGUGGCGCCAAACAAAUGUUCAACAUACAAUACAGACAACCUGGCGGACAGUGGACCACCCAUCCAACAAGGCCAACCGAGGACGAUACCCUCCAGCUGGACAUUGAUGACCUCGAACCCGGAACAUUCUACGAAAUUCGGAUUAAUGCAAAGAAUGAAUAUGGCACCAGCAUCUACACCUCCGCCAUUGUAACCACGGAUACAGGUACAUUCCUUCAUAUAGACAUUAUGUUUAGCAUACAGAUGUUUUGGUUUGGGAAUUUUUGUUUUUGGGGGUGGGCUAAAGAGUAUUAAACGCCAGCGGUUAAUAUACUAUUCUCUAUGAUUUCUGACAGACACAUGCAUGUACGGGCGUGUGCGCGUGUAUGUGUGUGUA